AUGGCAGCAAAGAUUAGGCAAAAGAAGCUCGAUGCUAUUGCAGCAGCAGCCAUGCCCAUUGGACAAAAGGUGGUUGCUCAAUUCAAGACUGCCGACGGCGAGACAACUGGACCUCCUCUUAAUUUACCCGCCGAUGCUACACCUGAGCAACUCGAGUUGUUAUUGAAUCAACUUUUGAAUCAGGGUGAAGAUCCUCUUCCUUACUCCUUCCAUGUCAACGAUGAUGAGAUUAUAAAGGAUCUUUGGGUAGAUCGUAAAGAAAAAUCGACCGAAGAUACCUUAACGAUUGUAUAUCAACCACAAGCAAUUUUCAGAGUGAGAGCUGUUUCACGUUGUACAUCUACUUUAGCAGGCCACACCGAAGCGAUUUUAUCAUGUUCAUUCAGUCCCGAUGGCUCUCAAUUAGCGACCGGUUCUGGUGAUUGUACUGUUCGUAUUUGGGAUUUGAAUACGGAAACACCUCGCCAUACAUUGAAGGGACAUGCUGGAUGGGUCUUAAACAUUGCAUGGUCUCCAGAUGGUACAACUUUAGCCUCUGGUAGUAUGGAUAACACAGUUCGUUUAUGGGAUCCCAAGAGUGGUAAGCAAAUUGGCGAUGGAUUAAAGGGUCAUCGUAAGUGGAUCACAAGUUUAGCUUGGGAACCUUAUCAUUUAAAUUCCAAGGCAAACCGUCUUGCCAGUUCUUCCAAGGAUCAUACAGUGCGUGUAUGGGAUACCUCUUUAAGAAGAAUGGUCUUUUCCAUUGCUCAACACACAGCCGCCGUUACUUGCAUUAAAUGGAGUGGCGAAGGUUUGAUUUAUACCGCUUCUCAAGAUAAAACUAUUAAAGUAUGGAACUCAUCUGGUAUGCUUGUCAAAACUCUUGCAGGCCAUGGUCAUUGGGUCAACACAUUAGCUCUCAGUACCGAUUUUGUGCUUAGAACGGGUCCUUUCGAUCAUACCGGUAAGCGUCAUAAGACAGAAGAAGAAGCCCAAGCUGCUGCUCUCGCAAGAUAUAAGACAUUUAAGGGUGCUGGUGCCGAAAGACUUGUUUCCGGUUCUGAUGAUUUCACAAUGUUCUACUGGGAACCUGAGAAGAGCAAAAAACCCAUCACACGUAUGACUGGUCAUCAAAAAUUAGUCAACCAUGUUGCCUUCUCUCCUGAUGGUAGAUUAGUGGCUAGUGCUUCAUUCGAUAACUCUGUUAAAUUAUGGGAUGGUAUGACUGGUAAAUUCAUCGGUAAUUUGAGAGGUCAUGUUGGUGCAGUCUAUCAAGUCAGUUGGUCCAGUGAUUCUCGUUUAUUGAUCAGUUCUAGUAAAGAUAGUACUUUAAAGAUUUGGGAUAUCAGAAAGAUGAAGAUCAAGAUGGAUUUACCUGGUCAUUUAGAUGAAGUGUUUGCUGUCGAUUGGUCCCCUGGAGGAGACAAGGUUGCCAGUGGUGGUAAAGAUAAACAACUCAAGAUUUGGAGACAUUAAAUCAUUUUAAUUUGUACAUUUUUAAAAAUAAUAAAUAUAUUGCUAACAAAAAAAAAAGAAAAA